AUGGCGAGCCACAUUAUCGGUAACAGAAACAGUACUCCUGAGGCUUCAAAAUCGACCCUUCGCCCUCCGACCUCCCGAACCCUCGGCGGCUCUCACCAACUCCGAGCCUCUGCCGAUAUGUCGGGGUUUUCGUCCCCUCUCGCCGCACGGAAUAUCCGUCCUUCGUCCGAAGUCUAUUUUAACCAACAAUCCCACGGGCAAAACAAUGCCGAGGAUGCUUUAGACAGGGCUGCACAGCAAUGGAUUGCGGAUAUCGAUCAGUACGAAACAACGCUCGAGGAGAUGGCUGCAGCUACUCUGGAUCAGGAUUUCAAAGACGAGUUGAGCGCGAUCGAGCAGUGGUUCCGUGUUCUAAGCGAAGCUGAAAGAACUGCCGCCCUUUACGCUCUUUUGCAACAAACAACUCAAGUACAAAUACGAUUUUUCAUCCAGGUUCUACAGCAGAUGUCGCAGAGCCAUCCCAUGUCAAGUGUGCUAUCGCCGGCUAAUUUCGGCGAAAAGGAUCCCAUGUCCAACCGCUUGAGCGAUGCAAUGGCGAAGUUGAACGUCGAACAGUCUCGGAACUCUCUAGGACGCCCACCGCCAUCCCCUGGAAACAAGCGUAACUCAGGCCUUGAUUCAUCUACCAUCAAUGCUAUGUUCCCGGACGCUGCCGCUGCUAUUGCUAAAAAGAAAGCUGAAUUCACGCAGCAGACUGGCAAUCUUCCUGGGUCGAACCGCAAUAGUGCAGUCUUUGGGGAGCGGACGUCUCUGGUGACACCGACUAUUUCUGCUCCCGAUUGCAAGGAUUCCUUAACGCAACAACCAGCCUCGCCAUGGGCUCAACGUGCACCUGAACCACAAGCACCGAUCGCACGUCCCAAGUCAUCGAGCGGGCAGCAGCAACCAAUGGGCCAGUUUUCCCAACCUCUUCCUUCGUUGCGCUCGCCACUCCCUAUGAACACUGGAGCUUCAUCCAAUAUCCAAAAUACCACCAUUACGGCGCCCGAAAUCACUCAAGAGCCGCCUCUUCUCUCCCCAUACAAUCUGGGCAAUGCUAGCUGGGCGUCGAUGAGCAACACCCCCCUUGUUCCGUCUUUCAACCAACAAAACUCCCAAUCACAGGCGGACAUGGUUGCCAACGCCACGGCUAUGAAACUUGCUGCUUUGUCCACCGUGAACAACAGGAUUGCACUGGACGAUGCUCGUAAAUACCGUCGCGCUAGGUCCAAUGAAGGUCAAAAGAAUCUGGGGCAAGGACCGCUUUCACCUGGACUGCCAAAUCCCAAUAUUCCUGGAACCAACGUAAUCAUGGUCAAUGAUGCAGGCCAAAUUCUCAACGCACAACAAAUCGCGGCGUUACAGGCUCAGCAGGCGGCAGCAAUGACCGGCCGCCAUUCCAGACCGAAUUCUCCUGGUCUAGCAAUGCAAGGAGGCUCAAUGGGACAUAUGAAUUUCACUUCGCCACAAAAUAAUGGGUUCUUGGCCGCAUACGAUGCAAACUCCCUCUUAGGCAAUGGUUUCGGUGGACUUGGUAUGGGCCUGACUGGCUCUGGUAGUCACGAAGGAUACCUUUCUGACCAUUCAGAAAUCAACCGAGGCCGUUCCCCGCGAGGCCGACGGGGCAGUUCUAAACCACCGGAAGACCCCACUGACACUAAAUUACUUCAAGAUAUUCCGUCUUGGCUUCGGUCUUUGCGUCUACAUAAAUACACUGAUAACCUCAAGGACCUAAAGUGGUCUGAAUUGAUUGAGCUUGAUGACAAGAGCCUGGAGGCCCGUGGAGUGAAUGCACUAGGCGCAAGAAAUAAGAUGUUGAAGGUCUUCGAGCAAGUGAAGGAAGCAAGAUCCGCGGGAAAGCUAGACGGGCUACUUUAA